AUGGGAAUAUAUUCUCCAAAAUAUAUAGAACAAACAUCAAAUAGGUUCAAUAACAUCCCAUCAUUUGAUUUCAACCUUCAACAAGACUUCUUUUCAAGAAAUAGUAAUAGUACAAAUACCAACGGAUCAAGAAGAAACAAUGCUACCACUACUACAAAUAAAGUUAUGAAAAGUCAAGUUUAUCUCUACUACUAUUAUUAUUAUCAUCAUAUUCAUCAAAAUAGAAAUAAUAAUAAUAACAAUAUCAAUGAGGAUUUCGAUAUCAAAAUGACCGAGAAAAAACCUGGUAUCACCUACGCAUGUAAACAUUGUAAGAUGCAUUUAUCAUCAUCAAAUGAAAUUAUGUCAAAAGAUUAUAGAGGAAGAUUAGGUAACGCUUAUUUGAUUAAUAAAGUUAUAAAUAUCAUUGAAGGGACCAUUAGAACAAAACCAAUGGCAACGGGGAUUUAUAAAAUUUGUGAUAUUGAAUGUCAAAUGUGUCAAAAAGUUCUAGGUUGGAAAUAUUUGAAAAGUGAUUCAAAGGAUCAAAAAUUUAAAGAAAAUAAAUAUCUUUUGGAAUUAGAAACUAUUAGUAAAUAUGCUUGA